GUACCAGAUGAAUACCAAUUUCCUUUCCAAAUUGCUACCAUACGGUAGCCAUGAGUUCGUGUCGCAUCCUGCAAUGCUCCAUGAAGCACAUGUAUAAUUGUCUCCACCGACGCCCCUGCGUACUCCUUCCACUGCGACUAGAAAAUCGCCAAUUUCACAUAUCCAAUUCUUUUUCUGCUUCUGUGGGCGUCAGCAACGCCGACUCCGGCGACACCGCAACCGUUACAGGGCUUCCGCCCACUGGCAACAACGCCAACCACAAGCCCCCAGCCAACACCGGCGCCACCUACACCCACACCAACCACACGACCAACACCCCUGCCACCACAGAACACCAAGACGACCAAGAUGACGAUCUGGGCCCGGGUCCCGGCCCCGGAAGCCUCUCCCUCCCCUCCUUCUCCCCCUCCUCCUCCUCCGCUGCUGCUGCUGCCCCCCCUCUUCCUCCCGCGCUGUACGUCAUCCCCACCCCCAUCGGCAACCUGCGGGACAUCAGCCUGCGCGCCGUUGACACGCUGGGCGGGGUGACACUGCUACUGGCGGAGGACACGAGACACACCCGCAAGCUGCUCAACCACCUGGGCAUCCGGAACCUGGAGCUGCUCAGCUGCCACGAGCACAACGAGAAGCUGCGUCUGGCGCGGGUGCUGCAACGGCUGCAGCAGGGCGAGCCGGUAGGCCUGGUGAGCGACGCGGGUAUGCCCGGCAUCUCCGACCCGGGUCACCUGCUGGUGGCCGCCGCGGUGGCUGCGGGGGUGCGGGUGGUGGCGCUGCCGGGCCCCUGCGCCGGCCUCACCGCGCUGGUGGGCUCGGGGCUGCCCACACACGCGUUCACGUUCGUGGGAUUCCUGCCGCCCAAGUCAGGUGCCCGGCGGCGGGCGCUGCAGCGGCUGGCGCCCCUGCCCUCCACCCUGGUGCUGCAGGCGCCCCCGCACGGGCUGGCGGGCGUGCUGGCGGACUGUGUGGAGGAGCUGGGCGGGGGGCGGGCGUGCUGCGUGGCGCGGGAGAUCAGCAAGCUGCAUGAGGAGUACUUCAGGUCCACCCUGGCAGGUGCGCUGCGAGAGUUCAGCGAGGUGCGGCAGGCGCGGGGGGAGAUCUGCCUCAUCAUCCAGGGGUGCAGCGGCGAGGAGCCGGGAGCAGCCGGGUGGGAGGAAGCCGCCGGCGGCAGCGGCGAUGAAGGCGACAACCCAGGCGGUGGUGGUGGCGGUGGCAGCAGCAGCGGGGGUGGUGUGGGUGUGGGUGCGAUGGAGCGGGUACUUCGGGAGCUGCUGGAGGGCGGCAUGACGGUGUCGGCGGCGGUGAAGGAGGUGGCCACCAACCUGGGGGUGAAGAAGAAGGCGGCGUACGCAGCGGCGCUGAGGAUCAGUGAGAGCCUUGGCAGGCGGCAACAGGGGGCAGAGGGGGGCGGAGAUAAGGAUGAAGACGUGAAGCUGAGUCCGAGGGGCGAGGGAGGGGGCACUGAAUGAGGGGCCUGGGUGCUGAGGCUUGGGCUGCUUGUCCGCGGACCCCACCCUUGUGGACGUGGAGCCGCUGCGGGGUUACGCUGACUGGCGGGAUGGACGGAUGUAAAACGCCGAACAGCGG